AUAAACCCUCUAUUUUAGCAUGAUAAACCCUCUAUUUUAGCAUGAUAAACCCUAAUCAUUCUUAUAAGUGAAACCCACCAUUUAUUUUUGAGUAAAGUUUCAACUUCUGAACUCGGCAAAGUUGCUGGUCGGGAAAACUUUUUUUCAGGCACUGAUCACCGGAAGGCGAAAGGUUGUAUAAUUUAAUAAGCACAAAAUUUUAGUGAAAAGCCUUAAAUGGAAAUUGAAGGAGAAAAAGAAAUGGAGAACGGGAACAGUGUGAUGUGUCAAUUGGCAGACCCAGAAGGAAAUCCACUUGGAACUGCUAUGUAUCUUCCUCAAAAUGCUGGUCCUAAAGAACUUCAACAAAUUGUCAAUUCCCUUCUCAACAAUGAAGAGAAGCUACCUUACGCUUUCUAUAUAUUAGAUCACGAGCUUGUGGUUGAAUUGGGAAAUUAUUUACACAACAAUAAAGUUUCUGUUGAGAAGGUCAUUCAAAUAGUGUAUCAACCACAGGCAAUUUUCCGCAUACGGCCUGUUAAUCGUUGUUCUGCUACAAUAGCUGGUCAUACUGAAGCUGUGCUUUCAGUCGCAUUCAGUCCUGAUGGUCAACAGUUAGCUAGUGGUUCCGGUGACUCUACAGUUAGACUAUGGGACAUAUAUACCCAAACGCCAUUGUUUACUUGUACAGGACACAAGAACUGGGUUCUUUGCAUAGCAUGGUCCCCUGAUAAUAAGUAUCUUGUUAGUGGAAGCAAAGCAGGAGAACUUCAGUGUUGGGAUCCUCAGACUGGAAAGGCGUCAGGCGGCCCACUUAUGGGGCACAAAAAAUGGAUUACUGGCAUUUCUUGGGAACCAGUCCACCUUCAAGCUCCAUCUCGGCGGUUUGUAAGCUCUAGCAAAGAUGGCGAUGCACGCAUAUGGGAUGUAACACUUAGGAAAUGUGUAAUAUGCCUAAGUGGGCAUACAUUGGCUGUAACAUGUGUAAAAUGGGGUGGCGAUGGUGUCAUCUAUACUGGAUCUCAGGAUUGUACCAUUAAAGUUUGGGAAACAAAACAAGGGAAGUUAAUUCGCGAGUUGAAGGGACAUGGACAUUGGGUAAAUUCUUUGGCACUAAGUACUGAGUACGUCCUUCGUACCGGGGCGUUUGAUCAUACGGGCAAGCAGUAUUCUUCUCCAGAGGAAAUGAAAGAGGUUGCUUUGGCAAGAUACAACAAAAUGAAGGGCAAUGCCCCGGAGAGACUAGUUUCAGGUUCUGACGAUUUCACCAUGUUUUUAUGGGAACCUUCGGUAAGCAAGCACCCUAAAACGCGAAUGACAGGUCAUCAGCAGCUUGUUAAUCAUGUAUACUUUUCUCCCGAUGGACUCUGGGUGGCAAGUGCUUCGUUCGAUAAAUCAGUGAAGUUGUGGAAUGGUGUCACUGGAAAAUUUGUUGCUGCUUUUCGAGGUCACGUUGGGCCAGUUUAUCAAAUAAGCUGGUCAGCUGAUAGUAGGCUUCUUUUGAGUGGUAGCAAGGACUCCACCCUAAAGAUAUGGGAUAUCAGGACGCAGAAGCUAAAACAAGAUCUCCCAGGCCACGCAGAUGAGGUUUUUGCCGUGGAUUGGAGUCCAGAUGGUGAGAAAGUGGCAUCUGGUGGCAGGGAUAGGGUAUUGAAACUGUGGAUGGGUUAGACCAUUUGAGAUUGGAUCUUUUGGUUUAACCCUUUUUAGUCCUUUUUUUCCGAGCAGAAAUUUUUGUGCCAAGAUAUUCCUAUAUUUAGUGUUCUGUGCUCCAUGCAUUAAAAUACUAGCUACUCUACAGCAUCUCAUAAAAAACUAAUUUUGCUCCUUUAUUCUAAAUAAAAACAAGGCCGCAUCGUAUCGGCGGCGUUGUAAAGGUUUUCAAAACAAACGAACCGAUAUUUCCCGCGUUGUAAAGGUGUAAAAAAUCGCGUUUUGGGCCGCAUUAAGAGAUAUCUUAUGAUUUCAA